AUGGUGUGUGUAGGCAGGCUGACACUGCUACUUGGAAUACUUCUGUGCUUGGGGGCACAGCUCUCCUGCUCCCAACACUGGUCCCAUGGCUGGUACCCUGGUGGGAAGAGGGAGCUGGACUCGCUUACUGCCUCCGAGGUUUCAGAGAAGAUUAAAUUAUGUGAGGACAGAAAAUGCAGCUACCUGAGACCUCAGCAAAAAAACAUCUUAACCAUUCUGGUGGAUGCUUUGAGAAGAGAGUUUCGGGGAAAGAGGAAGUGA